AUGUUGCGGAGGUUGCUGGAGCGGCCCUGCACGCUGGCCCUGCUUGUGGGCUCCCAGCUGGCAGUCAUGAUGUACCUGUCGUUGGGGGGCUUUCGAAGCCUCAGUGCCCUCUUUGGCCGAGAGCAGGAGCCGACAUUUGACUAUUCUCAUCCACAUGAUGUCUACAGUAACCUCAGUCACCUGCCUGGGGCCCCUGUUGCCCCAGGGGGCCUCCCAGCUCCUCAAGGCCUGCCGUACUGUCCAGAACGAUCUCCUCUCUUAGUGGGUCCUGUGUCUGUGUCCUUCACCCCGGUGCCGUCGCUGGCAGAGAUCAUGGAGAGGAACCCCCGGGUGGGGCCGGGGGGCCGAUACCGCCCUGCAGGCUGUGAGCCCCGGUCCCGGACAGCCGUCAUUGUGCCUCACCGUGCCCGGGAGCACCACCUGCGCCUGCUGCUCUACCACCUGCAUCCAUUCCUGCAGCGCCAGCAGCUUGCUUAUGGCAUCUAUGUUAUACACCAGGCUGGAAAUGGAACAUUUAAUAGGGCAAAGCUGCUGAAUGUUGGGGUGCGGGAGGCCCUGCGUGAUGAAGAAUGGGACUGCUUGUUCCUACAUGAUGUGGAUCUCCUGCCAGAAAACGACCACAAUCUGUAUGUGUGCGACCCCCGAGGACCUCGGCACGUUGCUGUUGCCAUGAACAAGUUUGGAUACAGCCUCCCAUAUCCCCAGUACUUUGGCGGGGUUUCGGCGCUCACUCCUGACCAGUACCUGAAGAUGAAUGGCUUCCCCAAUGAAUACUGGGGCUGGGGUGGUGAGGAUGAUGACAUUGCUGCCAGGGUUCGCUUGGCUGGGAUGAAGAUCUCUCGUCCCCCCACAUCUGUGGGGCACUAUAAGAUGGUGAAACACCGAGGAGAUAAGGGCAACGAGGAAAAUCCCCACAGAUUUGACCUCCUGGUCCGUACCCAGAAUUCCUGGACUCAAGAUGGCAUGAACUCACUGACAUACCAAUUGCUGUCUCGAGAGCUGGGCCCUCUCUAUACCAACAUCACAGCAGACAUUGGAACUGACCCUCGGGGUCCCCGGACUUCCUCUGGUCCCCAUUACCCGCCUGGUUCCUCCCAAGCCUUCCGUCAGGAGAUGCUGCAGCGCCGGCCCCCAGCCAGGCCUGGCCCUCUGCCUACUGCCAACCACACAGCUCCCCAUGGUUCACACUGA